AUGUUUAUUAUUUGAGCUGCGUGGUUUCUUCUUCCCCGCCCGCCGCCCACUGAUUUUCAAGCGUUUGGCAAAUUCGACUUUCCUUCCUUUCCUUUCUUUGACAAUAAAUAUAAAAUAUCUCGCUCUUCUUUCGCCAUUCUCACAUUUUCCGAACCCUCCGUAUUUUCUCUCCUCUCUUUCUCUUCAAUUUCCUUCGCCGAUUUCUCUUCCCGUCAUCCAUGGCUGAACCCAAGGGCAAACUCGAAUCUCUCAGGGACUGGGUUUCCGAGCACAAGCUUCGCACCGUCGGGUCUUUGUGGCUUAGCGGUAUUGCGGGUUCUAUUGCGUACAAUUGGUCUCAACCAAAUAUGAAGACCAGUGUGAAGAUCAUCCACGCUAGGUUGCACGCACAGGCUUUGACCUUAGCUGCUCUUGCUGGCGCUGCAGUCGUUGAAUAUUAUGAACACAAAUCAGGAGCGAAGGCUGAGCGAUACGCCAAGUUCCUUCCAAUUGAUAACUACUCACACAAGGAAUAAUUUUUUUUUUGUUUUUUCUUCUCAUUCUACCCUGGAGGGUAAUAAAAUAGUUUCAUUCUGAGGCUUAGAAUUCUUACUGCUCCAUUCUUUUUUUAGUUUUAUUUUCUUUUCACCAAUUUGGCAAAUAUCAAUACUUCAGAUGCUCAAUUCAUGAAAGAAAUUUCUUUGUAAACAUGGAGAGGUGAAUACUCUUGUAUUAUGAAUGAAAUGUUUGGUUUAUUUCUGAAGAGUUCUGUUCCA